CACAACCAAAGAUCUAAACAUCUACCAAAACGUAAGAAAAAAAUGAAAAAAAAUAUUAGUCUUUCUAUUUGUUUUUAGCAUUUGCAUGCUAGACCAUGUAUCCGGCGGUGGAUUCAGGAUCUCGAACGAACUCAAAUUCAAGAAACGUCUCUGGAUGAGGUGUUAUUCCAAAGACGACGUAUUAGGUCCAGACAUAAUACCAAUCGGACAACAUUAUGAAAAUCUUUUCGAUAUUAACUUUUGGCAUACAACGCGUUUUAUGUGUACUUUGAGACAAGGUCCUAAUUAUAAACACUAUCAGAACUUUACAGUAUUCAAGCUUUUUAGUAUGGCUGAUCAAGGAGGCUUAUGGGAUUGGAGAGCAAGAGAAAAUGGUAUCUAUUUAAAGAAAGUAGCUAGCGAGCAAGUUUUAAACCCGGUUUAUAUGCAUAAAGUGUUUGAUUGGAUAAAUUAAAAAUGUUAACAUUCUAUCUAAGAAUAAAAUAUAUAUAUUAUGAUUUAAAAACAGGAAAAUUUAUAUAUGGAUAAAAAAAUCUUCUCAAGUUAUAUUAUGAUUGAAAAGUUAAAAAAAAAA